AUGUUCUGGUGUGCUUCAUAGUGGGGCGUUGAGUUCUGGGCUAGGUCGAGCAAAGUCACAGCUGGAUCCAUCGUGGACUUUUUGGACGAUGUGAUCCAAGCAGGCUGAGGAACUGUUGGUGUUGUUCCAAGAUGUCACUCUUCCAAAACAGUUCCGAUUUUCAACGCUCUGUGAGGCACGCGACGUACGUGAACUUCCCGCGUCCUGAUGAUUGUUCCUAUCUCCACCGAUUGCCAGCGAACGAGCAGUGUGAGUUUGUACAGGCCACAGAAGCGUGCGCGGAAAGUCAAUUCUACUUCAACUACGUCGGCUUUCUGUACUGUACUAUCGGUUCGGAACGGGACUAUCUGUUUCAGUUGGGAUUUGUGCUACUGCUUUGUGUUUGUGUUUACUACUUUGUUGUUUUAGGGACGACAGCUGAUCAGUUCUUCUGUCCAACACUGGCCGCCAUUGCCAAGACACUCAACAUCAGUGAAGCGUUGGCUGGAGUCACGAUCCUAGCGUUCGGCAAUGGAUCGCCGGAUCUGUUCACUGCCGUCGCCAAUCCAGACGCCGACACAGAGUUGAUGUUUUCCGAGCUGCUCGGUUCGGCUGCCUUUGUGAUAGGAGUGAUUGGAGGAACUGUGCUGUUGAUACAACCGUUUGACUUUCCUCCGUGGGGAAUCCAAAGGGACUUGGCCUUUUUCAUAGCUGCGAUCGUUUGGAUCACGCUGAAGGCAGCGGACGAACGGUUCAGCCUGUUGGACAGUUCAGUUUUGAUUGGAAUGUAUCUGCUCUUUCUGGCGCUGGUUAUAUGGGAGUUUAUCCAGACUAGACAGGAGGAAGGCUCAAGCAUCUCCACAAGGUCAAGCAAUCACAUUCGCGGACAGAAUCCUGAAACUAAUGUUCCAACAAACGAAGGUCUUCUAACCGAUUUCUGUGAUCAUGUGAACCCUCUUGAUCCUGAAGAGUGGAAUGAAGGAGGAUGGAUGACGAAAACGUUUUGUCUCCUAAAGGCACCCUUCGUUUUACUACUUCUUCUCACCAUUCCAAUCGUCGACACUACCGCCGAACGUGAUGGAUGGACUAAGCUACUCAACAUCUGUCACUGCCUAACACUGCCGUUAAUGGUUGUGUUCUUAAAUGGCGUUGCGCUUAUAAAGAUAGCGAAUGUGUACAUCUUCCUUUGGGUAGUCUUGUUCACUGUCCCCGUAAUGGUUGUCGUGUUCUACACAUCACGAACUGAUCGAUGCCCUACCUAUCACAAGUCCUUCACGAUUCUGAGCUUUCUGGGAUGCAUACAGGUCAUCUACAUUGUGGCCCAGGAGGUGGUGAGUGUGCUCGAGACGGUGGGCAUUGUGUUGAAGCUCUCAAAGUCUGUGCUGGGGCUUUCACUGCUCGCCUGGGGCAACAGUGUUGGAGAUCUGUUUUCGAAUGUUGCCCUAGCACGCCAGGGCUAUGGUAAAAUGGCCUUUGCUGCCUGCUUUGGAGGCCCACUGCUCAAUCUUUGCCUUGGAUUGGGUCUCACCUUCAUCACAAAAGCAUUCAGUGUUCCGAAUCUUGUCGCAGAAGUACGCAAAGGUGUUAUGGGCGAGAACUGCGAAGCGUAUCUGUUUCAAAUCCUCACCACCACCUGGCUGUGCCUGCUGUUUACCAACUUUCAGGGCCGAAGAAGCGUUGGUCUCUCGAUGAUAGUGACGUAUCUGAUGUUUUUGGCCUUUUCUUUCUUGGGUGAGUUUGAGCUCAUCCAUCCCUACGGCACGGACCAUCAUCCUGAUCCGAACGGUAAUGGCUAA